CAACUUGAUCUUGGCAGGGGACGGUCGCACGUUCAAACUAUCCGUUACGUAUUCAUCAGUUUUCUUACGCGAAAACCAACGUGAAAAGUUACUCGUAUCAUUGUUUGUGUGUGUUUGUGUAACGGACGCAUUUUCGUGAACAUUUAGCAGCAGCAGCAGCGGCAGCGCUGGCGCGUCGUCGUCCCAGGAUGCCAUGAGCCGGGACAGGACCGGCAUGGACCGCUGGCAGACCACCUUCGAGAUGAUGCAUCUGAGGUCGCCCAACAACCAGGUCUUCAAGGACAACUAUUGGGCGCAGAAUGGUUUUGAAGAGUUGAGACGGUACGUGAAGCAGGGGAGCGAUUUCAGCAAAGAAUUGGCGGCGAUUCUACAAGAGAGGGUAGAAGCGGAGAACUACUACUCAAAAUGCCUCGCGAAGUUGGGAACGAAGUUGGGAAAGGCUUGCAAGGAGAGUGUGGGGAGCUGCGCGGACGCUUGGAAACAUGUGGCGGCAGAAAUGGAGAAGUGGUCCGAGAUACACAGGUCGUACGCGAAUGCUUUGUCGGAGGAGCUUGUGAAACCAAUGAAAAAUGUCAUAGAUAAUCAAAUGAAAUUGAGGAAAAAGAUCGAAGGCAAUGUGGACAAAACAACACGCACACUCUCCGAUUGGAGAACUGCUGAAGCGAAGUCCAAAAGACAGUCCCACGCCGCUGCGAGAGAAAACGAGAAACUACAAGACGCCUCUCUGGAUAUUAGUCGAAUGUCACGCAGCUCGAGUAUGGGACAUAUUCCCCAUUCUAUUUUGAGUGCGGCCAGGGCGGAGAGGAUAAAUGCGGCGAGCGAAAGGGACGUAGCGAAACUACAAGUGAAAAAGAAAAAGACGGAAGAUGCUGUAAAAAAGACUGAAAUGGAGUAUUAUAACGUUUGUGUUCAAGCCGAAAGAGCGAGGUUAGAAUGGGAAACGAGUGUGGUGAAGGGAGCUGGUAUGCUGGAGUCAGUGGAAGAGGAGCGACUCGCCCAGCUGAAGAGCUCCGCAGACUACUACCUCAGGCUGACCGCUGCUGUGCCACCACAACUCGCUGAGGCCACAAACACCCUAGUGAAUCCGAUCAAGACAGCGAACGCAAAUGUUGAUAUGCGUGUCGUCCGCGGUGUCCGCUCCGCGCCUGUUGGUGCCAGCGAGCAGUUGUUACCUGACUUCUACUGCGAACACACCACGCUCGCUAUGAACAAGGAGAGACGUAAGCAGGCAUUAAUCAAGAUCCUUCAGCUAGUGAAACAAGAUACGGAGAGAGAGAGGAAGUCCAUGCACGGUCUCGAGAAACUGUCUAUGGCGAUCAAACAAACCCCCACCUUCGGAAACGACGACUCACAACAGAAUGUCGCCGAUAAACUAUACCAUAUGCGUUCCAUGCUCACAUAUCUAGAGGCAGUGCGAUACAAGAUAACGUCAAGUCUGAGCGAUCUGGACAACCUGCCCGUGGCGCAACAUCCGCUCGCCACGCACAUACAGGUGGUGCGGGAUAAACAGGGCUUGCAGCAGAGCAUAUUAAAGGUCCCACCAUACCUCCAAGCGGACUACCACAGCGAGGUCAACAAAAACCUCCAACCCAACUACAACGCGCUGACCAAAAGUAUCACAGGGGGGGAAGAGAGAGAAAGAAGGGACUCCAUCAUGAGCAGAGCGUCCAGCAAACUGAGGAUAGAGCAUCUAUCGUUCAGGAAGAAUGAUACGAAAUCCGCACCACCCACUCCAAUCAGCUCGGAGUUGUCCACGCCGACUCUGAUCGCGCCGGAACUGACUCCGACCUUGAAACCUGUAGCGCCACCGGAGAGUCCGUUGGACUGGACUGAGAGAGGCGCCGGAGAUGGGUUGUCCAAUCAACAGGAUAGUGACUUCGACGAGUUUUCAUCUGGCAGCGACAGUUCAACAGAGUACGCAGCCACAGAGACGGAACAAGUGAAGUACAUCGGCAAAUGUCGCGCGCUGUACACGUACGAGGCGAGGUUGGAUGAUGAGCUCACAUUGUCACCAGGUGACAUUAUCAACAUAUACGAGAAACAAGAUGACGUUUGGUGGAGCGGGGACCUGAAUGGAGCCUUCGGUAUCUUCCCCUCGUCAUAUGUGGAGGAGAUCACUUCGUGCAUUUAGUACACGGUCCAAUAAGGAGGAGAAAGGAGGGAAAGAUGUCCUAAGGCGGGAAAGAAAAGAAUAUAAAGGAAAUAUUCUCUAAUACGAAUGUAUUAAGGAAUUUUUAACGAGGACACUAGGAACUGUUUUAAAUACCGGCAAAUUCGCCUCAUAAAAAUUUGGAGGGGAAAUUCUUACAAUUUUGCUCCACGUCGAACCAUUGG